UGCAUACAGUACUCUGGUACGGAGUACCGUCUGCGGGUAAUUCCCGGAAGAGGAGAUGAGUUCUAUUGGGGAUUUAUCUUGACUAGAGAGUCUAGAAGUGUAUCACCAGCUUCUUAGGGCGUUGUUGCAUGAUUUGCGAAUGCCAUGUAUGUAGUAGAUGCUUGCACACUCCCCCCUCUCCUCCCUCUAAGCCUGUCCCGUGGAAGUGCCAUAUCCUUCAGCAAUAAGAGCAUGGUUCGAGGAGUUAAUUUAGGGCUUGUUUAUCUAGGUUUCCCCUCUCCCAUUAUUAUCCCUUCCACGGGCCUUUUUUUUUUUUUUUCUUUUUUUUUUCCUUCUGAACUCUGAAAGACCAUAGCAUAACUUCUAGAGGCGCUCCGAGCACACCUCACCAAAUUUGCCUGAUUCCGUGAAUUUUCUUUUGUUUGAGGCUAUUGUUCACAAUGAGUGAUACAGCUGCCGGGAAGGCGGCCCCGCCUAGCUUACAGCUUACUAGCGAUGUCAAGGAAAAGAACUCCGAUGAUGCCCAAGCGACGGAGCUUCAGCAGGGAUUAUCUCCUGUGGAUGACGAGGAGGAGGCCAGGAAUCCUCGCAACUGGAGUCCCUGGAAAAAGCGCCUCAUGUUUUUCUCCCUCAUGGGGAGUUCCAUCCUAGCAGACGGGUACGUUGUGACGUUUCUUCGUUGAGGAUGACUUGACUAACUCAAUACUAUGUAGAGGCAUGGUUUGGGGCGCGACUCUGAUCGUCGAACAGGC